CAUUCCAUUCUGUGUGGUUUGGUUAGAUCGCAAAAUUCCUUUGCUCUCUCCAUUAUCGGUCGGGUGUUUUAGGUUAUUAGAGGUGCGCGAGAAAUUGGUGAAAAUCCAGUGCAGUGUGUUACUAUUUCGGUGAUAAAACAUAACUAUUUGCUGUUUUCCGCAUACGAAAGUGAGUAAUUCGGAAGAUAUUGGGUGUGCCCUUUUUAUAUCAAACAGGCGGUUGAAGGCAAUUCCUUUUGGCUGAAAGGAAAAUGUUUGUUUAGUUCUAUCUUUCACACGAACGAAAUUUUUGCAUUGUAAAAAUACUCGGUUUAUAAACAUUCACCAUGAACACAGCUGGUCGCUUCCAGUCUGCUAAAAAUCUCCAACCAGCUAGAUCACUACGCACACCGGCUCAAAAUCGCAACGGUCCUGGCAACUACGGUCUACCUUUGGAACAGAACCAAACAUACCAUCAACAGAACAACCGCGAACAGAACAAUAACGGUGCAUUCGUAGCCUACAAUAGCACCAAUAACGGCUAUCGAACGCCAUCCUUGGUUUCAUCGGUUUCGUCGGCAAAUGGGUUCAAAGGGAACAAUGGUUUCGCCAAUGGCUUCAACAACAACAACAAUACAGGAAAUGGUACGGGAUUCCAUAGCUCGAAAGGUGGUCCACGUCGUCACGAUGUACUUCGAUCGCCCAACACCAGUUUAGGAAGCAACAAUAGUUCAGCAAGCAGUGGAAGCAGUGUUAAGGAAAUUCCAACUAUAGUGACCUUCAGUUCCACAACGUUGACCAUUGGUUCUGUUCAUGAAGUGUAUCUCUCCUUUGUGGAAAACGGACCGAAGCUCUUCACGGUACAACUUAAGGCGAAGGAAAAAUCACUUAACCAAAUGAUGGCAGCACUGGAAAGGGUUCCCUUACGCAAUCUGACACGCAAGCCGACGCUGGGAAUGGCCUGUAUUGCCCGGUACUCCGAAGAUCGCGUUUUGUACAGAGCUUUGAUCAUGGGAAUUAAUCACGAUUCUUGUGUUGUGUCUUACGUUGAUUAUGGUAACACGGAGACCGUCGAAUUCAACAAUCUGUAUGAAAUUCCCCCGGAAUUCCUCAAGCAUAAAGUUUUCUCGAUGCGGUUUACUCUGUCUAACGUUAAAACCUUGGAAGAUUCCAACGCAGAUAUUGCAGGAUUGUUUUCCUCUCUGGUGAUGGAUAAGGUACUAAGCUUGAAGGUUAUGCCACUCGAAGGGCCUGCUUUUGUGCAGUAUUGCGAGUUAUACGAAAACAGUGAGAAUGUUUUCGAGAAAUUGUCCAACCUAUGCAAGGCAAAACCAUUGAAGUAUCCAGCUGCUCUAACGAUGGAUCGUGGCAGUAGCUGUAUGAUCAUUAUCCGUUACAUUGAAUCGUGUCGACAGUUUUACAUUCAACCGUUGGAAAAUAUGGAACGUUUCGACAAAUUGAUGGACCAACUGGCCGAAUUCUGCCGCAAAAGUUCGACGUUCAAUGUGUUGAAUGCGGGAGAUUCCUGUGCCGCCUGCUUGAGCGAUGAAGAAUGUUACCGAGCUGAGGUGGUAAGCGUAGCUGGCAGUAAGGUGAAGGUCCGACUGGUCGAUUACGGUAACACCAUCACCUUAGAGCGAAAUCAGGUGAAGCGACUUUCUCCGAAGUUUGUCGAUGAGCCGCCGCAGGUUAUUGAAUGCUGUUUGGAAGGAUUCCAGACAAUCAGCGAUGAUAAUUUGUCAACGGCGCAACUUGAAAUGCUAGCCGAGAACGAGAGUGGUGAAAGAAAGCAGUUCAGAAUGAUUGUGGCAGACGUUUUGAACGGGGUAGCCAUAGUAACUUUGCUAGAUGAAGCGUCUACUCCACCUUUGAACAUCUCCAAACGGCUACUAAAGCUGAACAAUCCUGCCAAGUUUAUGAAAGAGCAAAUGCAGCAGGCUCAGCAGAACAAAAUGAAUCUUGCUCCUGCUGCAAGCAAACCACAGCAAGUCUACGCUUCGCCUCCAGCAAUGGCGCCACCCCAGCCCGUACCAAUCCACCACAUCUCGUCUUCCACUAAUCCAUUCCAUUCCACGUCGAUCAUAUCGGAAGUACCAAAUCUGUCACAGACUACCCCGCCGCGAGCUGGAGAAAGCGAAGUUAUCGAUUUGACCAACGACGAGUGGCCCGGUGCUAACGCGCAGCCACUUGGUCAUCACAGUUCCGGAUAUGAACAACAACACAAUUACCAGGCAAGUACUGGCAGCGGUAGCUACCGGUCGGGAGGUAGUGAUAACCGUGGAUCACGAGAUAACUUCAACACAAGUCGUGAUACCAGUCAGAGCAGCAUCGGAGCUAACAAGAAAGAACGCUUCCAACGGCCGGACAUUCCACGGUUUACUAAGGAGAGGAACCAAACACCGUAUUAUAUCGAACAUGACGAUCGAUGCGAAACCAACAGUAACUACGAUCAGCAGGAUAGAGGCUAUGGACGCCGGGAUAAGCCAAACUCAGGUGGUCAACGCACCAGCAGUCGUUAUAGCGGAAGUGGUAGCGAGUCCGGAUUUAAUACGCAAUCCGGGGACAGAGCUAAUUUGUCACAGGACACAUGGAAGACUUCCACGGCAAGCAUCGACUGUAUCGAGGAUUACGUACCGUGCGAAUUUACGUUUACCGAACAGGUGAUUCCCAUGAACACCAAAGUUGACAUCAAGCUAAGCUGGUGGGUCUCGCCGGAGGAAUUCUACGUUCGCAUGAAGGACGAAGAGACUAAGUUCGAAGACAUGAUGAAGCAAAUUCAAAAGUACUACCGUAACAAACCGACCGUCAGUGACAUUCCGCCGGUGGCUUCUGCUGUGAUCGCGCGCUACAACAAGCACAACACACUCUACCGAGCGAAGGUGAUCAAGUACAACGAAUCGCUCUGCAAGUUUAAGGUUGAGUUGGUCGAUUCGGGUAUGCGGGCCAUCGUUACAAGCUCCGAUCUGUGGAAACUUGAACGACGCUUCGUGAAGCUUCCCAAGCUGGCCAUCCAAUGCACGUUGGCUAAUAUCAAAAUCAACUGUGAACCCAAAGAGUUGCAGAACAAAAUCGACCGGUACAUAAGCAAUGAUAAACCAAUCGAUUGUGUCUUUUUGGAUAAAAGCGACGACAAGUACCUGUGCGACGUGGAAACGCAAGGAAUGGAUCUCAAAAUGGCGUUACUGAAAGACAACCUGAUUGCGCAAAUAUUGACUGAUGUUGACUUAAAUCGAUUGAAAGGGCAGAUUGUAAAACUGAAGCUUGUCGAGAUAGCGUCGCUUGAGCAAUUCCGGGUCAAACUACAGGGAACUGACGCGAUUCUGAAUUGUCGACACGUAGAGCACGCCGCAUAUCAACAAGCAGUUGUGGAAGAAAUUAAAACCAAAUGUCUGGACCAGUACUGCUUCGGACACAUUGAAGAUGUAUCAAACGAUGAAAGGUUGAUACUAGCACUGCUGAUGGCACCCUUAUCUAACCAAGCGCAGCCGACCAUCGUCGACAUGCCCAUCCUCCAGAAUAGAUUCACCGUCACGGUUCCUUGCGUGCACGAAGUGAACUGUGUCUACGUUCAGAACACGAAGUGGACCGGUGAAAUAGAGAAACUGCUGGACGACAUGUUUGAUUACUACGAGAGGAGCGGCACAGUGAUUACGAACCUUCAGAUUAACGAGCUGUGUGCUUCCAAAUCGAACGACGGCAACUGGUACCGGUCGAAGAUCAUAUCCCUACAGGAGAUCGACAAUAUUGAGGUGCUCUUUGUGGACUAUGGCAAUCGGGAACGGGUAAGGCACGAGGAUUUAAAGGUUUUGGAACCGCAGUUCCAAGAGUACAGCGCAUUCGCCCAUGAAGUGUAUCUCCCUAUGGCCUGCCUAAACGAGACUGAGGAGAGUAAACUUAAAAUGGAAAUCGCCAGCAUUACUGGUCAGCACGAGAUGGAGCUAAAAGUUUUGGACUACAGAAACGGUAUAUGGAUCGUGGACAUCGCAUCCAACGACUACAGCAUUGUCAAGGCAUUAAAAGAAAAGCAGUUGGUAAAGGACCUGGAUCAUGAGGAGAUUUUCAAUCGAAAGACAGUUGUGAAUGAAAGUCUAGAGAUGACCACGGUUGAUAAACCCGAGGCAGGCGAAGAGGAGCAGAAGUAUCAGAAAUUAGAGGCCUUUGUAAGUCACGUGGACAAUCCGAACCAGUUGUUUAUCCAGAUGAAAUCCGAUCUGGAGGAUUUGGACCAGCUUCAAGAGAAUUUGCAGAUUAUUUCGCAAGCACUGCCGGGAUUGAAAGAUUUCUCUGUGGGAAGAUUUUGUAUCGCUCCGUUUUCAGCCGAUGAUUUGUGGUACCGUGCAAAGAUUAUCGACAGUCACGACGAUCUCAUUAUCCAGUUUGUGGAUUUUGGCAAUAGCGAUGUGAUAACUAGCAAUAAGAAACACGAGCUGAAAGACGUCAAUGACAGUCUGAUGAAGUUCAAGGUUUACGCCAAGCAAUGCUCGUUGUUGGUUGGGCCAGCUGCCGGAAGAAGCUGGAGCGAAGAGGCUAUCGAUAUUUUGAGAGAAAUGGAGUAUGUGGAUGUUCAAUUCCUGGUUGAGUGCCGAGGAGUAAAUUACAUCAAUUUGGUAUGUGACGAGCGGGACCUUGCACAAGAACUGAUAGCAAAAAAUCUAGCCGAGAGAAUGGAAUAUGUUCCCUCUAACCAGCGAUGUUUCACUAGUCAUAUUGAAUCAAUUCAGGAGUUCUAUUUGCAAUUGGAACGGGAUAUAACUCCGUUGGACGUCAUGGCAGAUUACAUGGCUAGAUUCGAAGAAUUCAGUAGCGUUUCGGAUCCUGCCGUUGGAUCAAUUUACGUUGCCGAGUUCACAGACGAUGGACUCUGGUAUCGUGCCAAGAUCCUGCAAGUACUCGAAGGCCCAUCUUAUGAGGUCUUUUUCAUUGAUUAUGGUAACACAUCGGUAGUGACUAACGUUAGAGAGCUAGAGAAAUCCAUCGCUGAGCUGCCACCUCUUUGCAAUAAAUGUGUCCUGAAACUGCCCGAUGGUGUCCGGAGCUGGUCCGAUGAAGCAGAAAUAAAAUUCAAAGAAAUCGCUGCAAUGGGGGAGACUGUAUUCACAGUUCAACUACAUAAUCCGGGACUAUUGGCCACGGUGGAACUGUUCCUGGAUGAGGUUAACAUCAAUGAUCAGCUUUUGGAUCUGUGCGAGAAGGGCACAGCAAACGUGAUGAAUUCCAGCUUCUAUCUCAAUGAAGAGAAAUCAGUUGACAACAGUUUUCCUUCGGAGGGAUUCGUCUAUGUAAGUCAUGUGAACUCUCCAGCGGAUUUCUACAUCCAGUUUAAAAAUUCAAACGAUGCUUUCAAAAAUAUGGAAGAACUCCUAAUGAUAAAGGCAGCCCAAAGCGAUCGGUUAAUGGACGACGACGUCUCCGAAGGAAUGCAUUGUUUGGCGUAUUCAAAAUUUCUCGACAAGUUCCAUCGGGCCCAGGUCAUCUCCAAAGAUAAACAUCAAUACAAGGUGCAUUUGCUCGACUAUGGCUCUGACGCUUUUGUUAACGAUCUCCGCCAAAUGCCCGAAGAAAUCAAUAAUAUUUCAGUCCUAGCCAAGCGGUGCUGUCUCGAAACGUACUCUCUGGACACCAGUGCGUUGGAAGUGGUCCAAAAGCGAUUCCUCGAUUUGGUCGAUUCCGGUCGUACGCCGUUCUCGUUCGAGAUAGUCCGCAACGAUGUUGAGCCGAACAUCGUGCGCUUGUUCACGGAAGAUGGCCGCAACGUAGAAGAUCUUCUCGAACUACCAGACGUAGACAAUAACGGUAACAAAGCUCCAACGGUGGCCGUUGCGCUUCCUCCUCCUACACCGUCCGAACUGAUAAAAGUGUCCACACGCGCGAAACCGAAGCAGGCCUUCAUGCGCGAAAAAAGUGACCUGGAGUUUGUCCAGUGAAACACGAAAGUAAACGAACCAAAUAUUUAAACGAGAUUCUUGAUUAAACAAAAAAAAAUGUGCGAAAAUUACAGAAACACUAAAAUUAUUUAUUCGAAUUUGGUUAUUAGAUAAGAAACGAACAUGAAGAGAACGAAAAAACUGCAUAAUUUUGAAUUAUUUGCUUUCACUUUUUUGAUACUCUGUGCGGUUUUAUUUUAUCCUAAAAUCAAUAUUUUUUGUUAUCUUAAUUACUUAUGAAAAACAGCAAGAUAAUAAUUAUCUCACUAAGGCAAGUGAACAGAGGCCUUACACUUGUUAUACUCUUGAUCAAACCCCAGUGUUAACCGAACUGAUCUUAUGAUUUCUAGUUGUAGUAAUGCAUAUAACGAUGAAUGCUCUAAAUUUGGAAAGUUUUUAAAUUACAAAGCAAUGGAUUUCCUCUUCCAUUUAAAAACAUAUAGACUAAAAGGAACCUAAACCACACGUACUGUUGUUUGUUAUAUCCCAAUAAAAAGCAAUAUGAACUUGAUGAUAAAUUAUGAUAAUUAACAUGCAAUGCAUAUUUAGUAACGUGACGUGAAGUCCUAAGAAAAUAUUUAUUAUAUUUAAUAGUUACUAGUAAAAAUGGACUUAUUUAAAGCGACAUACCACCUAGACAAAUAAAUCAAUAUAUCUCACUUUUGUAA